AUGUAUAUAUUUGCUACAAUCAAUUGGUCAUGUCUGAUUGUUACUGCAUUGCAAACAACCACUGUUGAUAUUGAAAUUCAACCUUUGGACUUCUACACAAACCGCGGGAAAAUUCGUUUCGUUUGCUGGGGAAAUACUACGUCUACAAGUCUUGGUGACCUUCGAGAUGGUAUCUACAUCAAUGGUCAAUGUGCUAUUAUAAUGUUUGAUGUCACAGACAGGCAGACUUACAGGAACGUCCCUACAUGGCAUUAUGCUCUCUACAGGGUCUGUGAAAAUAUUCCAAUUGUUCUUUGUGGAAACAAGGUUGAUGUGACGCACAGACGGGUUAAAGCAAAGCAGGUUACGUACCACAGGAAGAAGAACCUGCAGUACUAUGAGAUCUCUGUGAAAAUCAACUACAAUUUUGAAAAGCCUUUCUUAUACCUUGCCAGGAAGCUUGCUAGGGACCCUAAUCUUCAUUUUGUGGAGUCACCUGCCCUCGCUCCUCCAGAAGUUCACAUUGACAUUGAAGCACAAAAAAGGAUUGAAGCAGAGAUUGAAAAUGGUAUUAACGAACCAUUGCAAGAUGAUGAAGAUAUACCGGAGUACUAAGGAUGAGAAAUUGAUUUAGGUUUUUGUGAAGAAUACUUUCUACUAGUAUUCCUGUGUUAUCUAUGUUUCUGACUUUAUUUUUGGGUUUGGGUUGCAUUGUUGCAAUAUUGCGGCAUAGAAAAACAUACAUGUGAUACAUAUCUUGAUGAGUAGUUUGAAAAUCUUGAAACGUUCCUUUGUCAA